AAAGGCAAGAAGAAGAGUUUGCCACAUAGUUCCAAAGGUCUUCCACUUACCACAGCAGCGAAAAAAGGCAAAAUGAUCGAACCCAUUGGGAAUCAGUACAUUGAGGCCAGGCCAGUAUAUUCUGUAAAUGCUUUCGGGGAAGAAUAUAAAAAGAAACAGCGACAUCAUAAGACAAUUCUGGAUCACCUCAGAGAGUACUGUAGCUGUUCGGCACAAAAGGUGAAGAGAAUUGCCCUUUCCUUGUUCCCCAUAGCAUCUUGGUUACCAGCAUAUCGGCUAAAGGAAUGGCUACUCAGUGACAUCGUUUCUGGAAUCAGUACUGGGCUGGUGGCUGUACUGCAAGGCUUAGCAUUUGCCCUGCUGGUCAAUGUCCCCCCAAGCUAUGGCUUGUAUGCAGCUUUUUUUCCAGUAAUAGUCUACUUUUUCCUGGGCACUUCUAGACACAUAUCUGUGGGUCCAUUUCCAGUUCUGAGUAUGAUGGUUGGAGCAGUAGUUUCCAGAUUAGUCCCAGAGGAAAGUACAACUAUUUUGAACUCUCUUAGCUCAAUGAAUAAUAAUACUUCGCUACUAGAUGAGAGGAAGGUGAUGGUGGCUGCAGCAGUGACAGUCCUUUCUGGAAUCAUCCAGCUGAUCAUGGGAGCGCUACAGUUUGGAUUUGUGGUGAUUUAUCUAUCUGAUUCCUUAAUCAGCGGCUUUACCACAGCUGCUGCUGUGCAUGUUUUAGUUUCCCAGCUUAAAUUUAUGCUCCAACUGCCAGUCCCUCCACACUCAGAUCCAUUUUCACUUUUCAAAGUACUAAUUUCCAUAUUCACACAAAUACAAAAUACUAAUAUCGCGGACCUUGUGACAUCCUUGAUUAUCCUAUUGGUUGUAUUUGUGGUUAAAGAAAUAAAUCAGCGCUACAAAGCAAAACUUCCAGUGCCUAUUCCAAUUGAACUCAUCAUGACUGUGAUCGCAACAGGUGUUUCCUAUGGCUUUAAUUUCAAAGAGAAGUUUAACGUGACCGUGGUUGGAGAGAUGCCAAGUGGGUUUCAGCUCCCUAUCGCCCCUGACGUGCAGACUUUCCAAGACACCAUUGGAGAUUGCUUUGGCAUUGCGAUAGUGGGCUUUGCAGUGGCCUAUUCAGUUGCCAGCGUCUAUUCUCUCAAAUACGAUUAUCCCAUCGAUGGCAAUCAGGAAUUAAUAGCCUUGGGGCUGGCUAACAUACUCACUGGCUCAUUCAAAGGAUUUGCCGGGAGUACUGCCCUCUCCAGAUCGGGAGUUCAGGAGAGCACAGGAGGCAAAACUCAGAUUGCUGGGCUUCUCUCUGCUAUCAUAGUGCUGAUUGUCAUCCUAGCCAUUGGAUUUCUCCUGGAACCACUACAAAAAUCUGUCCUAGCCGCUUUGGCGCUUGGAAACUUAAAGGGAAUGCUGAUGCAGUUCACUGAAAUAGGAAGACUGUGGAGAAAGGAUAAGUAUGACUGUCUAAUUUGGAUCAUGACCUUCAUCUUUGCUGUUGUCCUGGGACUUGGGUUAGGCCUGGCAGCUAGCGUGGCAUUCCAGCUCCUGACCAUUGUGUUCAGGACCCAAUUUCCAAAAUGCAGCUCACUGGCUAUGAUUGGAAGGAGCAACAUCUAUAAGAAUAAAAAGGAUUAUUCUGAUAUUUAUGAGCCAGAAGGAGUGAAAAUUUUCAGAUGCCCAUCUCCUAUCUAUUUUGCAAACAUUAAUUUCUUCAAGCAGAAACUUAUUGAUGCUGUUGGCUUUAGUCCACUUCGAGUUCUACGCAAGCGUAACAAAGCUUUGAAAAAAAUCCGAAAACUGCAGAAGAAAGGCCUGCUACAAGUGACACCAAAAGGAUUUAUAUGCACGGUUGAUAGUUUUAAAGAUUCUGAUGAUGAGCUGGACAACAAUCAUAUAGAAGAACUGGAUCAGCCAAUCAACACCACAGACCUUCCUUUCCAGAUAGACUGGAAUGCUGACCUUCCUCUCAACAUCGAGGUCCCUAAAGUCAGCGUGCAUAGCCUUAUUCUUGAUUUUUCAGCAGUGUCAUUUCUUGACGUUUCUUCAAUGAGGGGUCUCAAAACGAUGUUGCAAGAAUUUAUCAGGAUCAAGGUAGAUGUGUACAUUGUUGGAGCUGAUGAUGACUUCAUUGAGAAGCUUAAACGGUGUGAAUUUUUUGAUGAUGAAGUGAAGGACUCAAUAUUUUUCUUAACAAUCCAUGAUGCCGUAUUGCAUAUUUUGAUAAAGAAGGAUUACAAUACUUCAAAAUUUAAUUCCAGUCAGGAAAAAGAAAAAAAUACCGAUUUUACCAUAAAUACAAACGGAGGAUUACGUAAUCGGGAAUGUCAGGUACCAGUUGAAACACAAUUCUAAUCAAAAUAUAAUUCAGAAGGACCCUUAGCUGACCGUCAUGUAAAGAACAACUUUAUACCCAGAAAGUUAUAGAUAAGUUCAUACAUUGUAUGAAGAAUAUUUUUAUUUGAUGGAAUUAUGUUUCAAACUUUGGAACAAGAUUGUUCUAGCAUGGUAUAUUUUUCACAUAUCUAGUAAAAAAUUAUGUAAAUAUUUUUAAUUUUAUACCUUGUAGAUUUAUCAAAAAAGAAAAGUGUUUGUAUGUAUUUUUAUAGCACUGACAAGACUUCCAUCCAAGUCACUACUUUCAUGCAUGUGUUUCAGUGUAUUUACACCACUACCUUGAAUCUCGUAAUUUAUACAGUUCCUACUAAAGUAUCCCUAUUUUUAAAAAUUCAACUGUAUGCUGAAUGUGUCUUGUUUUGUUAAAUUUCUCAUUAGCUCUCUGAAACAUGCUUUCUGUAGGUCUGGUUGGAAACUUGCAGGGAGACUCCUUUUUCCUAACUUGCAGGGAGACUCCUUUGCCCCUAUUUCAUGGUGACCUACGCAUCACUCUACUUUUUAAAGCAUCCGACCUGCUAUCCAGAUUCAGACACAGUUCUUCUAAUACCUUACUUGUAACUGUAACUAGACUUUGAGAUGAAUCCUUUUUUCCACCUCACUAUGAAAACUACAUAAGCAAAUUGUAUGAGCUAAUGGAAGAUGUAAAAUCAAAACACAAGAAGUUGAAAACUAAAGAGAAAACCUGAUGGGAAGCUGGUGUUUCCUGC